GUAACGGGGUCGCAAUCGGAGGGAGAAGCAGACUCUGGAGUUUAUCCUCUCCGCGGUGCGAGAGAGCGAUGAGGAAAAGAAAGAAAGAAAGAAAAAGAUGGGAAGUGCGUUUGUGGAAAUCCAAGUUCCUGGGCAGAAGCUGGUGAACGGAGUUCCAUUCCCUGCGGUGGUGUCUUCGCCUCUCACUCUCACCGACGCCGUCAAAACGCACAAACCCUUCCUCGAAUCACUCCUACUCCAAUCGGGCGCUGUCCUCUUCAGGGGCUUCCCUCUCUCCACUCCUUCCCACUUCAACGACGUCGUGGAGGCCUUCGGCUACGAGGAGCUUCCCUACGUGGGUGGCGCCGCUCCCCGCACCAACGUCGUGGGUCGUGUCUUCACCGCCAAUGAGUCCCCUCCCGAUCAGAAGAUCCCUUUCCACCACGAGAUGGCCCAGGUUCCUGAAUUCCCUUCCAAAUUGUUCUUCUUCUGCCAAGUGGAGCCCCGGAGUGGGGGCGAAACCCCCAUUGUUCUCAGCCAUCUGGUUUACCAAAGGAUGAGGGACAAGUACCCUUACUUUGUUCAGAGACUAGAGAAGCAUGGUUUGUUGUACACCAGGGUUUUAGGGGAAGACGAUAACCCUUCCUCUCCAAUUGGCCGUGGCUGGAAAUCAACAUUCUUAACCACCGACAAAGACCUCGCUCAACAAAGGGCUGCUAAACUGGGUAUGAAGCUGGAAUGGUUGGAAGAUGGAGUGAAGACAGUAAUGGGUCCAAUUCCGGGUGUGAAAUAUGACGAGAAGAGACAACGGAAAAUAUGGUUUAACAGCAUGGUGGCCGCUUACACCGGCUGGGAAGAUGAAUUGAAUGAUCCUGUUAAGGCUGUAACCUUUGGGGAUGGUCAACCGCUACCCUCUCACAUUGUCUAUGAUUGUCUCCACAUACUGGAGGAGGAAUCUGUUGCCAUUCCUUGGCAAAAAGGGGACAUUCUCUUGAUUGACAAUUGGGCUGUCCUUCAUUCCAGAAGAUCUUUCGAUCCACCUCGCAGGGUCCUAGCUUCCCUUGUCAAGUAAGCAUUAUACCAUAUUGCAGUAGCUACAAUGUUUCAACUACCUUAUAUUCUAUUUGUAUGGUAAUUGUAAUUUCAUAGCAGCAUCAAGGAUAUAUAUAUAUAUAUACACCAACAUACUUGAAAGUCGAGACAAUAACUGCUUCAGCAGUAAUUGCUGAAUCUUGAAAUAUUUUUAAGCAUUUA